UCCUCUAUGCUCUCUCCUCAUACCAAGGUGAGGCCUCAACCCCCCUCAUCCUCCAGAUUUCUUCACUUCCUCUGCUGAGAAGGAAAAAUCAGUCUCUCUCCUUUCUUCCUCUCUUUGUUAAGAGUUAAGGGCUCAAAUUCGUGUAGGCGUUUUAGGCUUCUCAAUCCAUGGCGUCUUCCAAGAAAGAUUUAGAUCGGAUCAAGGGUCCUUGGAGCCCCGAGGAAGACGAAGCGUUGCAGAGACUGGUGCAGAAGCACGGCCCUAGGAACUGGUCUUUGAUCAGCAAAUCCAUCCCUGGGCGGUCCGGCAAGUCUUGCCGGCUGCGUUGGUGUAACCAGCUCUCUCCGCAGGUGGAGCACCGCGCCUUUACGCCGGAGGAGGACGCGACCAUCAUUAGAGCCCAUGCGAGGUUCGGGAACAAAUGGGCGACGAUUGCUCGUCUCCUCGUUGGUCGCACGGAUAACGCCAUAAAGAACCACUGGAAUUCAACUUUGAAGCGGAAAUGCUCGUCUAUAACGGAGGACAUGAUCGCCGAUGGGCAUGCACAACCGCCUCUUAAGAGAUCGGCUAGUGUGGGUGCGGGCACAACGGUUUCGGGUCAUAAUCUUAGCCCAAGUAGUCCUUCGGGGUCCGAAUUCAGUGAUUCCAGUGCUCCUGGCAUGGCUUCAUCGCUUGUUUAUAGACCAGUGCCGAGAACCGGUCCCAUAGUUCUACCUACUCAGAAAAUCGAGGCCGCCUCAUCGACGAACGAUCCCCCAACAUCCCUCAGUCUCUCUCUCCCUGGAUCCGAUUCUUGCGAAGUGUCAAAUCAUUUAUCAGGAUCCGAUCAUGUUAAAAUCCAAAACCAGAUUCUCCAAUCACCGGCGAUACCGCCUGUACAGCUGCAACAAAACCCUGGAUCCCCACGAAACAUCCAGAACUGUGAGUUGGGUUUAGGUAUGUCGGAGAAACCUUUCUUCACCCCCGAAUUCUUGGCUGUGAUGCAAGAAAUGAUCAGAAAGGAAGUGAGGAACUACAUGUCGGGCAUGGAGCAAAAUGGUCUGUGUUUGCAGACUGAAGCUAUUUGGAACGCAGUGAUGAAGCGUAUCGGAAUUGGCAAAAUCGAGUAGAGGAAGGAACAACCUACCUAUGGUUGCAGCGAUGAGUCGACUCGGAGGGAAUCGGGAUAUUUAAAAAACAAGCUGUGUUUUUUUGAAAUCUUGUUCCCUUUUUUUUUUUUUUUUCCUUCUUAAAUACAAAUAAUUUUGGUAGUGUACAGUGGAAAAGACGGGGAAGGAAGAAAAUCUAGAGGGUUUGUUAAUGAGAGGAAUGAGCUAUGGUGGUUGGUGGUAGAAUCUGAGAAGCAACCGCCUUUUCAAUAGAAAAUCGAAAAAAUGGGGAAAAAUGAAAUUCGGUGA